ACCCCCAAAGAAGAGGAUGAAGAAGAAGCCUGUCACUGAAACGCCACUAAAAGAACGCUAAACAAACUCGACAGAACAGAUUUGGGGGGGUUUCUACUUUCAAAAACUUUCCACGAUACAAUUUGUUCCCACUUCUUUUUUUACGAGCGUAAGCAGACUGCCGAAGCCUUGACACACAGAGCCAGCCGGGUGCGUAUUUUGUUCUUCAAAACCGAAAGUAAACUGAAGCGGGCCCGUGAAGCCAUGGCUGACGGCAUGGAUGAAGACCUGCCGGAAGAGGCUUCGCCUCUGCGGCACGACCUGACUUGCCCCGUGUGCCGGGGCGUCUUCCAGGACCCCGUGCUGCUGCCGUGUACCCACAGCUUCUGUCGGGAGUGUCUGCAGAAAAGUUUGCAGGUCAGCAAUAAGUGUCCCGUGUGCAGAGAGGUGUGCGAGGAGGGGCGGGUCACCUCCAACCGCGCGCUCAGCAGCGCGUGCGAGAGCUUCCUCAGACAGUCGAACUGGUGGUCGAACCGGAAGAGCACCAGUGACGUCACCUGUAACCUGCACCUGAAGCCGCUGGCGCUGUACUGUGAGAAGGACGAGGAGCCCGUGUGUGUGGACUGUGUCACUCUGCACAACACACACACGCUGUGGUCACUGAAAGAGGGGGCACCGAUGUGUAAGAAGGAGCUGGGCUUCAAAGUCCAGAUCUUUAAAAAGAAAGUGGAGUCUUACAAGAAAAUGACACAUAAACUUGGCAACACAAUGGAGUACAUCAAGUAUCAAGCUGGGCUGGCAGAGAAUCAGAUCAAGGAGGAGUUUGAGAGGCUCCGCAUGGUGCUUGUCACAGAGGAAGCUCUGCGUCUAAAAGCCCUGGCUACUGAGGAGGAGCAGAAGAUUUCUGCAAUAAAGGAGCUGAUUGACAACACAUACAAGGACAUUGCCGCUAUGAACAAGCUCAGUGAUACACUGCAGAAAGAGAUGGGCAACGAGGAUCUGGCUUUCCUGCGGAAUUUCCAGAAGUUAAAAAGAGAAGCCCAGUGGACUCGUGAAGAACCUUGCAUCCCUCACGACUCUCUUUUGAACAUGGGCAAGCAUGUUGGUGCUUUGAGCUUCAACAUCUGGAAGAACAUGCAGGCCUAUGUCAAAUAUAAUCCGGUGGUGUUGAACCCAAACACAGCCUCACCAUGGCUGUUCUUGAAUGCUGACCUUUCUAGUGUGAAGGAAAGCUCAGAGCGACUGACCGCCCCUGACAACCCGGAGCGUUUUGAUCCCUGCGUCUUUGUGCUUGGUGCUGAAGGUUACACCUCUGGGAAACACAGAUGGGAUGUCAUUGUUGGUGACAACCCCAGGUGGAUUGUGGGAGUUUGCAAAGAGUCAGUGCCCCGUAAAAAGAAGUUCACGGUCUCUACGAGCCGUGGUGUGUGGUCCAUAGGACUGAGCAAAGGGGUGUACACCGUCUCAACACCUGAGCAUACCGAGCUGCAGGUAGAGCAGCGUCCUGAAAAAAUCCGCAUUAAGCUUAAUUUAGAUAAGGGAGAGGUGUCAUUUUGGGAUGCAGGAACUGCAACGCACCUUAUCACUUUAACACACAAGUUUGAUGAAAAGAUCUAUCCAAUUUUUGGCCCUGGCCUCCAUCCUACGCCUACGACUCUUGCUCCGGGAAAAAUAGCUGUUCACACCUCAUGAUGAGCCGAUAUACUCCAGAGGGAUGGUUGUUGACCUAAACUGUAUGGGAUUGAAAAUAAUAAUAAUCUUUUUCAACUGUAUCAGUCAAACAGGGAUUCAUUGCCCAUCAUUGUAGAAAAUAAAUUAUUAAAAUCUGCCAAUGAGAAGAGAUGAAACAAUAGCAAUUAGGGAGACUAUAGAUUAAAACAUUGAGAGGGCUUACUAAAAGAUUAUAAAAGACACAAUGCAUUUACUAAAAGCCUAACAAAAAGAUUUUUUAAAGAAAAUAUAAAAAUGUAGGGGAUACCUUUUGUUAAAGGUAAGACAUUUAGUUUAUUAAAAGCCUUGCAGCUGCAUGAUGCACAUGUUAGAGCUAUUAAAUUACUUUGUGAACACUGAUGGCGCACAGGAACUUCCCAAAAUAUUUUUUUUUUUAGAUGUGCCUUAGAUGGCGGGGAUUGGAUUGAUCAGUUUUUUGUCAUCACUUUACAAUGAAGGGACAAACCUCAAUAAAGAAAUGACUGGAAGCUUGGCUGAUGCUGGUGGCCAAUACUGAUAAAGUUUGAAGAGCUGAAUAAAAUGGCCUCUUGAUUUAUUAAUGCAGUGGAAGAAAAAAUGGGACAUCCAGCUCUUAAUAUAUGAGA